AUGCCGACGUGUGUUCGCAAGAAAAUUCUCAUUGUGGGAGCCGGCGCCUCAGGACUUCCGGCUUUCAGGUAGUUUCACUCUAUGUCCAAAUACUACAUUUUAUUUUUUCUUUUUUUUUUGUAGAAUAAGGGGCUAAAUAUUUCAAAAAAUUUCAAAAAUUAAAAUUGGGAUAGAUUGGCUGCCGAAAAAAACACUUUUUAAAUUAAAACUUGCGCUUAACUCUUUAGACAUGCUCAAUUGUACGAUGUAGAUGCGACCUGUUUCGAAGCUUCUGGAGAGGUCGGCGGGCUUUGGUCCUACAAACCCCAUGAAACAGACCGUGAGAGCAAGCAUUUUGCAAUCGCCCACCUGUCCAAAUUUUUGAAGAAUCUUCGGUGAUGAAGUCGACCGUUAUAAACACUUCGAAGGAAAUGACGGCGUACUCGGACUUCCCUCCAGAAGGGAGAAUGGCCAACUUCAUGCAUAACACUGAGAUGCACCGAUACUUGAAGAACUACGCGACCGCGUUUGGACUGACUGAAAAGAUCAAGUUCCACCACAAAGUGACUUCCGUUCUUCGGUCAGAUGACUACUCGAAAAGUGGUCGGUGGACGGUCUGCUACACAGACGAGUAAGUCUGAACUCUAUAAACUAGAGUUCUCAAAACCAAACGUUCGAACGAACGUUCGACCAAACAUUUUUCGAACAAAUGUUGAAACCAAACUUUUGGUUAAAAUUUGAAAUGAACGUUUCGUUCAAAAAGUCAUUUUAUUAAAGUUCGCUUUUGAACGUUCAACCAAAAUGAACGUUCAUUUUUCGUUCGUAAAAAGUUCGUCCGAAAAAUCAGAGGUGGAGGAUGGCUGCCCUCUGGCCGCCCUGCCUGCCAAGCCAUAAACGCCCAAAAGGCAGAAAUGACUUUUUCAAAAGUCAACGUGGCGCGACUGUCAUUUGUAAGGCGAAAUCGCCCUAGCAUCUAGAAGCGCUUGUUUUGAGCGAUGUAUGAAACUUUUUUACAAAAACACAAAAACACGAAAAAAUGGUGGUAUGAAAAAAAGAUCAGCGAAAACUCGAACGGCGAUUUUUCUGAUUUUUUCAUAUCGCUAGGGAGCUUUCCGACGGAGAACUUUCCGACUAAUCCUUUUCAAAUUUUUUGCUAAAUAAACUCUUCGUUUUGAAUCCUCCCAUAUAAAGUAGGUAGUUGAUUCAUGAUUAAAACACAAAAAAGUAGACAAAAAAUGUUUUAGGAACCGAAAACUAAAAGGGAAAAAAGUCGGAAAGUGGUCCGUCGGAAAGGUGGCCGUCGGAAAGUUCCCUAGCGAUUUGAACAAAUCGGAAAAAGCCGCUGUUCGAAAAUUCGCUGGUUUUUUUUCAUACCACCGGAAAAAUCCAGGUUGAGAACUGUAAGCCUUCCACUCUUAACGAGGUGGCCUGGCGCAAUAGGAUUUUCAGUCAUUUGACUUUUUUGGAAACCAAAUGAAUCAAGAGAAAUACUUUUGCAUCAAUUUCAUGGCAUCUCAAAAUUUUUUUGUCGAAAUAGUUCUCUAGUGAGAUUGAAAAGGUAGCCUUUUGACCCGUUCCCGUGACAAUUCCCUGCUGAAAUAACUUUUUACAGUAGAUUAAAAAAACGUUAACACGAAGUUGCGAAAAAAACAAUUCAAAAAUUUACAAAAAUUGAUAAUGAUUAGUUCAGGGCGUUAUCGCCACGUACUUGACCUAGUUGCCAAAGACCACGUAAAUUAAUGGCUCAUUUCUAUCGUUUGGCUUUUUUUGGCUUGGCUUAGCCGCCAAGCCAAGGACUGCCUUCCCAAUCCUCCACCUCUGCGAAAAAAAUGAACGUUCAUUUUUUUCAUUUUAAAAAAAUUUCGUUCAAAAAAAUGAACGUUCAUUUUUUUUAUUUUAAAAAGUUCGUUCAAAAAAAUGAACGUUCAUUUUUUUCAUUUUCAAAAAGUUCGAUCAAGAAAUGAACGUUCAUUUUUUUAUGUGAAAAAAACAAACGUUCAUUAUUAUAAGAAAAACAAUUUUCGAACUUUUGGUUGAACGUUUGAAAAUGAUAUAUCCGUAAACUAUCGAAAAAUGAAAAAGUUCCUUUUUUUAAACGGUCAUUUUUUGAACGUUCGGUUUUGAGAACUCUACUAUAAACCCAUUUGAAAUGAGUUCAAACUCUCGUCUCCACUAGGGGUUUUAUUACAGUAAAGGGGUGAACCACGAAGAGACGUUCGAUGGAGUCAUGCUUUGCUCGGGACAUCACACCCUGCCCCACAUGCCUCCCAAGUACAGAGGCCAGGAAAAGUUUCGUGGCAAGAUUAUCCACUCUCACAGCUACAAAGACCAUCGCGGUACCUUCAACUAGACAUGCUGAUAAGAAAUAAAACCCUGUUUCAGGUUACGAAGACAAGAUCGUGGUUGUCGUUGGCAUCGGCAAUUCCGGUGGAGACGUGGCCGUAGAACUCAGUCGGAUAGCCAAAAAGGUUUACCUGGUAACCAGACGCGGAAGUUGGAUUUUCAAUCGGAUAUUUGACUAUGGAGAGCCUAUGGAUCUCGUUCUCAACAGGUUAAAAAAAAAAUCUCUUUCAUGUGAGUUGAAAAAAAAAAGUGUACUGUAGGAAGUUUUUGAACGAUCUGAAAAAUUUUGUGCCGAGUUCGCUGGCUAGCUGGUUCAUUGAGAAAAAACUCAAUUAUCGUUUCGAUCACCAACGCUACGGACUCAAGCCACAGCAUAGAGUCUUUGGGCGAGUUUUUCACCACUUUUGCUGUACAACUGAUCUUUCGAUCUUGUAAAGUCCACUUUUGAUUCAGAGCUCAUCCGACGGUCAAUGACGAACUUCCAAACAGAAUCGCUUGUGGCACCGUGUUGAUAAAGCCGAACAUCUCGCAAUUCUCAGAGAACGACGUUAUAUUCGAAGACGGAUCUGUUGUAAAGAGCGUAGAUGAGGCGAGUUCCAAAAGUCUCAUUGAAAAGGAUUAAAGGCAUAGGGGCAGUUAAAAACGUGGUUUCAGGUGAAAGCAGUAUCUUAUAUAGUUUUUCUUUGCGAAUCGAAUGGUGUACUCGAAAAAAUUACAGAUGUGACAACUUUAGAAGAAAAACGCGAUUUUACUUUCCCGCCUUUAAUUUUGAAAAAAGCUUUGGAACGGCCUACGGACAAAUGUUUACCGUAGCCGUGCACGCGAUGUUGCGGACGUCUCAUUAGACUCGCAUUUUGUGAGAAAUAACCGGAUAUCUGCUUCAAAUUAAGGAUUUCAACUCUGAAAAAUUGACUAACAACACAAAAAAAAACACACACCGAUAACAAAGAAAACACAAAUAAUCGCUAUCCCAAUCGAAACAUGUGUAAAAUCUACAAAAUACUGCUUUGAACUGAAACACCGUUUUUUACUGCCCCUGCCUUUAAUGAAAUGAUUUCUUUCAGGUCGUCAUGUCUACUGGUUACUCGUUCGAGUUUAAGCUUUUAGAAGAGGGAAAUUUAGUUCCAGUGCUAGAAAACGAGGUUAGUAAGUCAGAGAAAAAAAAAAAUUGAAAUGAAAUCCUUGACUUUUCAGGUUGAGCUCUACAAAUACAUGUUUCCUCUACAAACUGCCGACAAGAACACUCUUGCAAUUAUUGGCCUUAUUCAGGUGAAAGUCCUUACAAACUGAAAACUAUUGAUAUUUAAAGAUGAGAGCUGUCAUUUGUUGAUUUUCUCAGAUCUCACUUUUCAAAAACCCUACUCAGGCUGAAUUAUUUUAGCCAUACGGAUCGAUCAUGCCUUUGUCAGAAAUGCAGGCGCGCGUUUUUUUCUGGAAAACCGUAACCGGAGGAUCCAAACUCCCUACUGAAGCCGAGGUUUUUGAUUAUUGAAGGCAUAAUUUUUUUUCUCUUUUUAGAUGAGAAAAGAUGUGGAAAAAGCUCGGAAUGAAAUGAAGAACCGCUAUGUAACCAGUCGCCGACACACCAUUCAGGUGCUCACAGUUUUUUCUUUUCCAUCAUGAGAAAAAAAAGUUGCCGAAAAAAAAAACAGCGCCAGCUCAAGAAAUGACUGAUAUAUUUGCAAGUUUUUGUCAGCUAUCCCUAUACAAAAAACAAAAAAAAAAGAUUGAGUGCUAAACUAAACUAUUAGCAAGAAAGAUAAACUGUUGCUAUCAAUGCUUGAAGUAUCUCAAAACAUAUUUAUGCUUUUAAAAAAAGUUCAUCAGAAAGUUUUCUGAAAAAAAGUUAUAUAUAUAUUUUUUUAGCUAUUUGCCAAGCUCCAAAAAAAUGUUACUUUCCAGGUCAAAAAUCGGAGUAGGAGUGAGAUUAUUAAGUUAUACAAAACAAAACAAAAAAAUGAAAUGGAAAAUUUUUGCCCGGAGGAAAUGCCUGAAGAUAUGGAAUGAUUCUGAAGUCGGUAGUCUGUCAGAGACAGUCUGCAGACGCCAAUAAGAAAAACUGAUGCCGUGUUCAAAGUAAUUUCCGCGAAAUGCAAAAUGAUCUCUGACUCUCCAAAAUUUAGUGAUCUUUUCCUUUCUCUAACGGAUAUUUUGCAUUUCGCGGACUCAAGUUGAACACGGCAUAAGAUAUCUCCCCAUAAAUUUGAAGUUAAAAAAAAAAAGUAUGAUCGUACCAUAAAAUUUCGAGGUCGACUACGUGCCGUACAUCGAAGACCUCGCCGCUCUCGUUGGAUGCCAGGUCGACAUGAAGAAACUCUUAUUUUCCGACCCUGUCUUGGCGUACAAGGUGAAAAUCGAUACUUUCUAACACUUUUAUGAAACUAUUUUCCGAGAACUACGUUCCAGAUCAACACAGUUUGGAAACAGAAAAGCCCAUUAUAUAAAAUGAAGUUCCCUGAGCAAAGAAAAUCCAGUCCUCAAAUCUCAUCAAUCAGUAAAAAAGCAGAAGACUAAUUUUUUGGCUUUUUUUUUUUGAUAUUCCUAGAUUCAUUAUGUUUUGCAAGAGAGGUUUGAGGUGUACUUCGGCCCGCGAGUGCCUUACGUCUACCGUUUGCACGGACCUCACGCCUGGAAGAACGCCCGUCAGGCCAUCUGCGAAGUCGACGAACGUGUCAGAAGAGUUCGUUUCGAUCUGCAGUGUACUUCAAAACAUCUUGAGAACUCUUAAAUGCGCAAAGGGAAUUUAAUAGUUUUCUAUCGUAAAAAUAACUGAAUUUUUCAGUUCGGUAAAAGUUGCAUUCUUUUUAAAAAAACAAGUUAACGACCAUAUUUUUUUCAGUCCCGUCAUGUGUGUCUUUGGAAUAUCUUUAAAAUGUUUUUGACACACUUUCAAAAAUAUAAUCGGCUCUUUUCAGGCCACACGCGAUGAUCUCAUCAUUUCACCCGACUACAGUCUGCUUUAUGCACUCGGAGUCCUUCUUCUCAUCAUGGGAUUUCUAGUAUUCUCGUUUUGA